AUGGAGCACAUAUCUACGCUCUGUGCCCUGAGCACCAUCGGCAUUGCAUCCACUGGCCUCGCACUCGGUCGGGUCGAACGAACUAAACGAAGUCUUUUACGGCGCAAGACUCUACCUUACGAUCAAUCACUACCAAAACUCACCGAAUCCAUCCCAGUUGAUGUUCGGCCCGAAACCUCUCGAUCGGGACGACCCAGCCCCGCGGGGGGCUGGGCACCGAAUGAGCAUGUAACCGACAGCGAUGGUUCGCGGGGUAAUAAAUCCCAAGGGCUGGACCUACGAAGAGCAUCGCUGUCCUUUGGCGCAGCCAGGCUUCGUCGUCGCGGUCAAACUCUAACUAACCCUCCCCUACGCAUUCCUGAAAAUGAAUCAACCGAGUCGCACUCGCGCCGACCUUCCUCCGGUUGGUUAAGACGAUUAUCAAUGGCCUCCUUUCAGACAGACAGUCCCGCGACCAAUAGUCCUGUAACACCGUCCUUCAAUGGAUCUGAGAGCCCAAUCUUUCCCCGUCCGAACAGCCAACGCAGGUCUUCCAACAAACUUGUCAAGCGCACGUCUUCGCAGCAUUCCAAUAUACAUCCUCUCUUUGUCAGCACAUCUGUGUCCCCCAUGUCGGGCUUGCGCAGACCGGCCACCAGCUAUCAGCGGUCGGAAACGAUGCGGUUGCAGUCCCCUGUGUCCGAUUUCGAAUCACGGUACUCCGACCCGUACUCGGUCGAGUUACCAGCGAUCGAGGAUUUCGGAAUCGAAUCUCAAGACAAUUGGACGCCAUAUUUCCUCCCCAGGGUAGAGGGGUUUUCCGAAAAACUUGCCCGAAGACUACCCGCGAGCAACACAAAAGCUUCAAGUGUGCGCCGAAUAACUUCUGACCAGGACAGUUUGCCAGCACUGGUCCUGGCAACUUCCAUCACAACCAAGGGUUAUACUUCUUCAAACCACCAGUCUGUGCCUACCUCACCGGUGAUAUUCCGUAAUCCAUUCCAGACCGAGACUAAUGCGGACCAAAUCACUCCUUUGCCAACUCCCCCACCAGAGAAACGGGCUCACAAGCACUCUUACUCAUUGAAUGAUGUAGAGCCUAAGAAGAUUGUGGUGAACACGGUGACCGCAUCUGGUACUCCUAUUAUCGGGCGGCCCCGUGGUGGCUCGUUGAAGCGCGUGAAGGGAAGGACAUUUUCCAUUCCUAGGUCAGAGCUGCCAAAGCUAGAAAACACAAUCCAAGGCUCAACUCCAGCACCCCGGCAAAGACGGAAUAUCACUGAUCCCAGUGUCUUUCGUCGACCGCAAGCUCUGUCCCCGCCAGGCCUGUCGCUAUCCACCUUCGGGAGAGACGCUUCUGUUGGGCCUCGAUCGGUGUCGCAAGAUUACAACAUUGGCCUCCCGCGGCAUCGGCCGCUGACUUCAGAUGCUGUUGCUCUGUCAACUUGGCAACACUCCUGUAGACCAGAGAGCAACACGUACUCCUCUCUACGUCGACGUCCGAAGCGGCACUCCAUCACGGCAUCAGACCCCUCCUCUACAGUGAUCGGCUCUGAUGACACACGUGUGUUCACUUCCGGUGAUGAGUAUGAGACUGAUAUUAUGACGGAUUACUGGGAUUCAAUUCGGACGCGUGGGACCAGUGGGAGCGGAUUGAAAGGUCUGCGUAUCGAGACAAUGUUUGACAAGGCAGGGACCCGGCUGUGCAAUGAGGAAAUCACGACCCUGGAGGAUCUCCUCCCACGGGGUUCAUUUGCAUCGCGUAUGGAAAGAGAUCCGCCACUCUUCUCGGAUUCCCUUCUCCCUGCAGCCCCUGUUCACAUCAACGGCAUCGCGUCUCUAUCUGGGGAUGACGAAGAAACAUGCAGCAUGAUUGGAUCACCGCCUGGUGAAACAGACGGUUUUUCCUCUCGCUCUCCCCUGGCCAUUCCUUUAUCGGAACAAAGAUCCUCUGGUCUUCCUCCUGCCAUGUUGUCGGAUUCCCCCAUCGAAGACUUGCACUUGAGCCAAAAGAUGAACAUUUUUGACUGGUCGGAGCAGUCGCGUACUGAUCGUGAUAUGUCAGACUUGGAUGCACGACCAAGGACGGUGCAUGGAAAGCAGAACGGUAUUGACAGAGGAAGCCGAGCGGCCUGUCGCAAGGUUCCCUCCGCCAUCCAUCUUCGGAGCCAAAGUGUGCCCGUAGCACGAGAGAUCGCCCCGAAUGAUUCCCGUCAGACAUCUGGUAAAUUCGGCACGUGGGGUCUGGGUAGUAAAGGGGUCAGCGAAGACUGGGACAGUGAUUUCGACUUUGAAGAUGACGCCGAGGAGGCUACCCCUAGUCAAAACACCAAGACCACUGUGUCAGAAGGUCCCUCUCAAAUCAUGACAGUUCCGCAAGCCAUUUUGGAGCGCCAAGCGAGCCUUCGAGGCCAGUUCGGUCAAGUGCAAGAACUUACACUUUUGGUGGAGGAGUUGAAGCGAUUGAGACAUCAAGCAAGCGUCUUGGGCCUUUUAGGUGGGCCCUCGAGUGAACUAUGGAAGGAAGCGGAAGGUAUAGUCAACUUGGCUACUAUCGAUGAGGAUGAAGACCGUCGUUCACCUCCUGGUUCGCCCUCUUCACUCACUUUCAGUUUUGAUGAUUCAGAUGAAGAAGGCAUGAAUGUUUCGUCCAAGCACAACAUUACAGCGUCACAUCAAGAAAGUCAGCUGUAUGCCUCGCCACUCAGGCAACUUUCCAGAGGUUCACCCAAAUCUAAAUCUGUGCUGGACAUUCUUCAGCCCGGUCAACACCCCGAGAGCUCGACCUUACCUCAGCUUACUCCUUCCUCGCGCGCUCAAAAGCUUCCAUUUGAUACAUCCUCUCUCCGGGAUCUUGUGAUUCGCGCUGGAGUGGUCACACGUGCUUUGAAGGAAGUGAUUCGGAAGGCCGAGGGUGUCGACCCAAACCCGGAAGAUUUAUUUCCUUCCGAUCCUCCAUUUCGACGGAUUUUCGAUCAGCCCUCCCUUGCGAGCUUUGAGGCUGCGAUGGCCGAGAUGCAUUGA